CCUAAAAUGAAACACGGAUGGACGUAUUCGACUGAAACGAAACCAAGAGUUUGGCAACGUUCGGAGAGGAGAGACGCGUCUCUCGGUCGAUCGGAGCCAGAAGAGCCAGCAGGUCACAGGGAGAGAGCUCGGUCCGCCCUCAAACAGGUGAUUCAAAGACAUGAGCCACCAGGUGUGCCACUGCGGGUGGUCCAAAGUGACCACCUACCAGGGCCUGAGGACCCACCAGGGGAUGAUGGGAUGCACGCCGAAGGGAAAGGGAAUCCCCGAGAGCCAACAGUUCAUAUUCAACGGUUCCCUUCCUAAACCCGCCUACCCGGGGCCCCUCAUGGCCAAAGAGCCCCUGAUGAAUAUCAACACCCCCGCCUUCAAGUCCGAUGAGAAGUUACACAGCUCAGGGAGUCAACGGGACAUCUGGUGGAGUCUUUUAGCAGGAGUUCAUCAAGGGGACGGAGGAUCUUUUAACCGAAGCACUCCGGGCAAGACCGAGAGCGGCAGCGGCCGGCUCGGAGCGGCGGCCCUGGACGUCCUGGUGAAGGACGGGGCCCCUCCAACGACCACAGCUCAGGAACUAUUUGGACCAAAUGAGAAGCAGAAAGAGAAGGAGAGACAGACUCAACAACUACAAAAGGCGGGGCAACUCCAAGUGUGCCACUGCGGGUGGUCCGAAGUGACCACUUACCACGGCCUGAGGACCCACCAGGGGAAGAUGGGAUGCACGCCGAAGGGAAUGGGAAUCCCCGAGAGCCAACAGUUCAUAUUCAACGGUUCCCUUCCUAAACCCGCCAACCCGGGGCCCCUCAUGGCUGAUGAGCCCCUGAUGAAUAUCUUCACCCCCGCCUUCAAGUCCGAUGAGAAGUUACACAGCUCAGGGAGUCAACAGGACAUCUGGGGGGUUCAUCAAGGGGACGGAGGAUCUUUUAGCCGAACCACUCCGGUCAAGACCGAGAUCGGCAGCGCCCAGCUCGGAGCGGCGGCCCUGGACGCCCUGGUGAAGGAAACAAACGAAUGGGCGUUUCAGACUCCACCGCCCUGCGCCACGACGCACCAAGCCCCCGCCCGUCAAGCCCCCGCCCGUCAAGCCCCCGUCAGCGCCUGUAGAGCGCUUGAUUUCAACACCAGCGCGCAGCAGGUAACUGGGCAACUGUUCUGGGCCCCUCCAACGACCACAGCUCAGGAAACAUUUGGACCAAAUGAGAGACAGAAGGAGAGAGAGACUCAACAACUACAAAAGGUGAGGCAGGACAGGACGAGGGCUGAUUUACAGCACGACAUUCAGACGAGGGAACGGAAGAUGGCGGAAGUCAGAUCCUCGGUGAAGGCAUGCAAGGGCGGCCUGGACGCCGAGUGGCUGGAGAUCAACGACGUGUUCGCUGGGGUGAUGAGAGCCGUCGAGGGCGCCCGGCGAAAAGCCCUCGGACCCCUGGAGGAGAGGAGGAAGAAAGUGAAGAAGGAAGCAGAACUUCUGGUCCAGAGGCUGCAGAAGGAAAUUGACAAACUGAAGAUGACCAUUGACGAGCUGGAGACGGAUCCUGAGCUGAAGGUUUCAUCUCAAACAGGCCUGACGGACACUGACGCCGUUAACACCUCGUCCUCUUUCGGUUCACUGAGGACUACAACGUCCAACAUGAUGGAAGAAAUUCACCAGGAGCUGGAAAAACUCUCCUCCGUCGAACUCAAGAGGAUUUCCACAUUUGCAGUGGACGUGAAGCUGGAUCCCGCCACCGCCCACCCGGGUCUGCUGCUGUCCCCCGACGGGAAGUCGGCGAGAGACGGAGGAGACCACCAGAAGGUCCCCGACGGCCCCCAGAGGUUCGACGUGUUCGGCAGCGUCGUGGGGCUCGGCGCGCUGCCCCCCGGGAGGUCCUACUGGGAGGUGGAGGUCGGCGACAAGACGGGCUGGGACCUGGGCGUGGCGCGGCGCGACGCCAGGCGCAAGGGGAGGCUCUCGCUGGACCCGGCGAACGGCUACUGGGUCGCCGUGCACUUCGAGGGGGAAAAGUACGCGGCCAUGACGGCGCCGCCCGUCAGGCUCCCCCUGACGCGGAGGCCUCGCAGGGUGGGGGUGUUCGUGGACCGCGCGGAGGGCCUGGUGUCCUUCUACGACGCGGCGGCCAAGUCUCACAUGUACUCGUUCGUGGGGUGUGCGUUCGGCGGUGAGGUUUUGCCGUAUUUCAGUCCGCACCUCAGACAAAACGGGGAGAACUCUCGGCCACUGAGCCUCCCGGCUGUGGCGGUAGUUGCGUGAAGCGGGCGUGUCGUGCACUGCUGGUUGUGACGCAACCCGGGCGCAUGAUUGGUGCUCGGCGGCAUUUUACCAUAAAAAGGGGUCCAAAUUUUAUCUUCUUCUUAAACGGGGCAAUUUUCACUCAUGCAUUAAUGGAGACUUGAUUAGUUGGGUUUUUCUUUUAAUUUUGCUUCAUGUGCUUUAUUUCACUUAGAAGAUUUCUGUCAUUUUGCAUAAACAUGUAUAUUACAUUAUUAUAUUUAUAUUAUAUUUUAUACCAAAGGUUGAAUGUAAAAUUCCAGCACUGAAAAUGUUAUAAAAGCAGUACUCACUGGAGAAACUUAAACUUAUUAGUGUAUUAUUAUCAUUACUAUUAUUAUUGUGUAUUAAAGCAAAAUUAGGAUUUUACUGCUGCGGUUGGUUGAGGUGAAGAUAAUUUAUUUAUUAUUUACUAUCAAAGUGCAGCUGAUGAUUAUUUCCAUUAUGGUGUAAAUCACUCAUUAUUCUCUCGUUCCUCCUGCUUCUUCUCUGUUUCUCUGUAUCAAGAUCAUCUGUUAAACCAUUUGUCUCAUCAUGUUUCUGUUAUUAAUAUUAAAGGACUUCUGCUUUGGUCUUUAA